UAUGCAAUCAAUUUUAGCGUGUUUUACGGUCAAUGCUGUCAGGGUCUAUGUGGUCUGAACAACGUGUUUCAUGUCGGAGGUUGCCACAGUCGCUCCUGUCCACUCCUGUAGCAGCUUUCGAAAUCGUGGAACAUACAAACGGAUAGAAAGAAAUCAAUCAUUCUUUCAGCUUCCACGACAAAAGUGGUGUUUGGCCUAUUUUCGUCAAACACUUCUCGGCCUACAAUACAGGGUGUAACUGGAGGAGUGUCCUGUGGUAGAACUACAAUCUAAGCUCUGAACUGCGCUGGUAUCGAAGAGUCAUUGAAGAAAUCAAAGCAAAAUGGAGCCUUACAAUGAAGAUUUGUUAUGGAUUGUAAUCGUCGGAUUCAUUAUCGCCUUCGUCCUUGCUUUUGGAAUUGGCGCCAACGAUGUAGCCAACUCUUUCGGCACUUCAGUUGGAUCGAAAGUCCUAAGUUUGAAACAAGCUUGCAUUAUCGCAAGCAUUUUUGAAGUUGCAGGAGCUGUCCUGAUAGGUGCAAGGGUUUCUGAUACAGUUCGCAAAGGAAUUAUUGACAUAACAUCAUUCAAUGAUACAAAGCCCCUUGCCAUGGUUGGUAGUUUCAGUGCAUUGGGUGGAACAAGUAUUUGGCUAUUGGUUGCAUCAUUUUUACGACUACCAAUUUCUGGAACUCACAGUGUGGUUGGUGCAACAAUUGGAUAUGCUUUGGUUGAGCAUGGCAUGAAUGGUGUACAUUGGAAAAAGUUUGGCCUAAUAGCUGCAUCUUGGGUGAUUUCUCCACUGAUGUCUGGUAUUGUCUCAAGUGUAAUUUUUGUGCUUAUUAGAGCCUUCAUUUUAAACAAGGCAAAUUCUUUUCAAGCUGGCUUGAAAUUCCUGCCAUUCAUAUAUGCAGUCACAGUUUCCAUCAAUUUGUUCUCAAUAUUUUACAAAGGAUCACACUUGCUGAAAUUUAACGAAAUACCAUUUUAUGGUGUGAUGAUACUCACAUUUGGAGGUGGCAUUCUGUUUGGAAUCCUUGUAAAGGCUUUUGUUGUGCCAUGGUUGGAGCGAAAAGUGCAGGAAGACUGCUGUGAAUCAGUGGAGGAAAUGGUGAAAUAUUCACCUACAAGUCAGGAACCUAAGAGUAUUGAAACCCAGCUUUCAAAAGUGGAUCCAGACAAAUACGAAACAGUUGUGAACUUCAAUGAUUCAGACGGAGUAAUUCAAUUGCUUCCAAACAAAGUCCCUUCUGAAAAAGUAGCAAAUGAAGACGUUGAAGGUUCUGUGCCAACUUGGAAGCAACAGAUUAAAGAUUAUAUAUUGGGAUCUAAAAGGCCUGAAGAAAUUUCUAAAAAAGAUGCAAUGAAAAUUGCCAGGGAAAUGAUUGCAGAUGACCCUAAAUCUGUUCGCCUGUUUUCUUUCUUGCAAGUUCUCACAGCCUCCUUUGGUGCAUUUGCUCAUGGUGGUAAUGAUGUUAGCAAUGCCAUUGGACCAUUGGUUUCAAUAUGGAUCAUAUAUCAAACUGGUGACAUUGUGACUAAAGUCCAAACGCCAAUUUGGAUUUUGGUUUAUGGUGGCGUAGGAAUUGUCAUUGGAUUAUGGGUUUGGGGGAGAAGAGUUAUUAAAACCAUGGGUGAAGAUCUUACUCCUAUCACCCCUUCAAGUGGUUUUGCCAUUGAGAUAGGAUCUGCAGUGACAGUUCUGUUAGCCUCGAAUCUUGGUAUACCAAUCAGUACAACUCACUGUAAAGUUGGUUCUGUGGUCAUGGUGGGACAAGUGAGGUCUAGAGAAGUUGUUGAUUGGGGUCUGUUCAGAAAUAUCAUCAUAUCAUGGAUAGUCACCAUUCCAGUUUCAGGUGGAUUAGCUGCUGCCAUGUAUGCUGGGUUUCGGGAGCUGUUUUAAAGAGUUGUUCAACCUGAAGGCCUAGAGUCCAAUUCAAUAACAAACAAUUAUGUAAAUGGAUAGCAUGGUUCUUUUGAAGAGACCCUAGUAUCUAGCUACAGAAAUGCCUAGGCAAGACCACUACUGGUUCCCAAAGACAGGCCCAAAACCUGACAUUGAAAGAUCCUGACAAUCCAAGAAAGGGUCUGGCACUCCAAAGAAAGGCCACAUAGAAAGGAGGCAAAGAAAGGUCUCAAUUGGGCCUUUUUAAUUUUUGUCUUCUCAUUGUAAUGUCUUGUCUGAUUUACUAUGACCAGGAUUUAAUCAUGCCCAUAAUAACAGCUUCUUGGGCAUUGUUUUAUUAUAAAGUUUUGAUGCAAAAUUCCAUGUAGAGAGCUGGAUUUGCUUGACAAAACUUUUCUGAGGUCUGAAAUAUAGUUCUGAUUUUGCAGUCCUUUGUAUAUUUGUGUUGUCUACAAUUAAUUCCUGUACAGUUGGGUUUGUGUUUCAAUGGGUAUUUUGUGGUUAAUUUAUAUUUCCCUUUUUCAAGUCUAAAAAUCAUAUUAAUACAUCAAUGUUUUCAUACCUGGCAAUAUUGUAGGCUUAGCCAGCAAAACAAUACUAACUAAUGUGUUCCUUUUAUAUACAAUUAUAUACCUGAGAACAAUGUUUUCCUUUCAACUCAAAAAGAAUAACACUUUGUAACAGUGUUUUGAAAUUUUUAAACAUACCUCUUGUUGAUGUUAUAUUUAUUGUAAAAAUUUAGUAUUUACCUGUGAUUGCUGUAGCCAUGAUUGGCCAGUGAUGGAGUCCUAUACCAAAUAAUCUAGUUGAGUAAGUAACGUAUUUAUCUUUUGUCAUACUGCUUGUCUUUAUUUAAUCAUUAGUAUUUUGUUAACAACAAGCAGCAAGGUUGCUUCACUUGCAUUUGGCUAGUGUCGAAAUCCUUUCAUAGUCUGUGGGAAGCCUAAUUUCUAUUCACUGUAGACCACUAGUAAAGAAAAUUUUGGUUUGAAUGGCUGUUUCAAACCUAGGUAUUUAACUAUCCUUUAUUGUCAACCUAUUUUUUAUUACUCAUAGGGGAAACAUAAUUACGGGAAGUAAAUAUUGUACUGUGUGUGUCUGUUUUGUUUAAUUGUUUUUAAACGUUCCUUUAAAUUGUUUACUUUCCUCAUAUUUAUGGACAUGUUGGGGAUAUUACUGAGCCUUGUAAAAUAAAGAAUCAUUUCUCCUUUAGAGGUUGUGAGGAAUGGCAUAUUUUGAAGUCAAUUAUUGUCAGCUUUUCUAUCGAUUAUGACGAUCUAGAAAUGAAGCGAUCAAA